AUGUUGAUCGGCAGUUUGGACUCCGAUGGAGACCAAAAGCCCUGGACCGUCUGGGUGGCGAAGACCCUGCCCCAGCCGUGGAGGCUGGCAUUGGUUGUAAUGACGGUCCAGGUCACGGGGAGAAAGGAUUUCCCCGAAGACAAAGACCGUAGGAGCCUUGAUCAAGAUGUCGUCCAGAUAUGGGAGAAGAGUAAUGCCCCUGGAUUGCAGAAGGCCCAGAAGGGGAGCGAGUACCUUUGUGAACACUCGCGGAGCUGUAGCCAGGCUGAAUGGCAGGGCGACAAACUGGUAAUGGCACGAAUGAAUGGCAAACCGAAGAAAACGUUGAUGAACGGUUGCGAUGGGAACGUGGCGGCAAUAGAAGAGAGAUACGGAAAAGAUCUGGUUAAUUUAUGUAAGAAGAAGCCUUGUGGUCAGACUGAGAUACACACCCUUAAGAGGGCUCUAGAUGUCUUCAAACAGCAAAUCGACAAUAUCGCUCAGUGUCACAUUCAGCUGGCGGUGACUCUACGAGAAGAAGCCAAGAGAAUGGAGGAGUUCAGGGAGCGGCAGAGGGCAGAGCGCAAGAGGAUAGAAGCUGCCAUGGAUAGCAUUCACAAGCAGAGACAGCUCCAGUACAAGAGGACUGUGGACAGUAAGAAGACGUAUGAGCAGAGGUGUCGGGAGAAGGAGGAGGCAGAGGGGAACGUCUCCCGCUGCAACAAAAACAACAUGAAUCAAAAGCAACAGGACAAGAUUUAUGCAAAACUAGCGCACUCAAAAGUGAUGGCCGAAGACGCAGAUAAAACCUACCAGCAAAAUAUUAUUCAUCUGGAUAAAGUACGGGAAGACUGGCAGAAGGAGCACAUUACGGCUUGUAUGUUCUUUGAGAACCAGGAGUGGGACCGGAUAAACUAUUACAGGAAUGCGGCGUGGACGCACGUCAAUCAGCUGUCCCAGCAGUGUGUCACCACCGAUGGGAUGUGUGAAGAGGUGCGGAGAGUGCUGGAGUGCUGCAGCAUAGAGAAAGACAUAGAACAAUUUACAGAAGGCAACCGAACAGGAGAUAAACCCCCAGCCCCCAUUCCCUAUGAGAACUUCUAUAAUAACCAGAGGAGCACAACACCAGUGAUAAGGCGAGGCCCACUGCAGACUCCCAGCACAGCGUCAGAUGAUCACGCUUAUGCGUCGGUGGGCGAUUUCAACGUGUAUCAAUAGCAGAGGAGGUUACGCUUCUCUGAGGGAGGAUGAAGACCCUGGAGUUUUUAGGUUUAACACUUUAGCUAGUUAUUUAUAUUGAGGCUGUAGGACCUCCAAUAAAAAUGUGUGGACACGUCCUUCUCCUGGCUUGGACUGUAUAUGAAACAUGCUGUAUCUGUACAAGAGAUAAUGGACCACCUCCCCCACCAAGUUCUUCCCAGUAUGAAGGACAUUCAUUUCACUUUGUGUAAAGGCCUCCAUGUACAUUGUGUACAUAAAACCUAUAGAUCAGUGAUGUGCAAACAGAGGCCUGUCUGUAUGACCACCACCAACCAAGGACAGGACAAGCUAUGUUCUCCAGGCUCUUCAUCCCAUUCACUUGUAUAGGAUCAAUAUCAGAUCAGUGGUGAUCUGAUCCUCGGCUCCCCAACCGAUCUGAUAUUGAUGGCCUAUCUGAUCGAUACCCUGAUUGCAUAAAACCACUUUGACAACA